UCCAAUCCGGUUUUAGCUAGUUCUCGUACUAGUCGGACGUUUAUGUUAAGUUACAGAUUGUUCUGGAGGUGUGGAGCUGACUGACAUAGUUUCCUAAACUCUAAAAAGAUUUAGUUAUUCUAAUUUUACCUCUGUCAUACAACGUAAGGAACAAUGGGAAGGAAGAAGUCCACCAGUGGUGCAGAUGCAAGUGCUGAGCCAAGGAGAAAGUCCCUAAGGUUGUCAGAAAAAGAGACAGAGCCAAAACCACAACCAGAAAAGAACAAGGCACCUCCCAAGACCAAAAAAGCAAAAGAGGUAGUAAAGGCCAAACCAGAGGAGGAGAAGAAAGAAGAAACUCAGGCAGAGAAAGAAGAGGUUCCUGCAGAAAACGGGGAGGCCAAAGCUGAAGAGCCGGCUGCAGCAGCGGAUGAUGCAAAAGAAAAGGAAGGUGGGACCGAAAAUGAGGAAAAAGCAGCUGAGUAGUAGUGACACCCCGGAACUCACUUGCCAGUGCUCCCUGGACCUCGUUUCUUGUACAAUGCAGAGAUUAUUUUUUAUCUACUAUUUUCAUAAGAUGGCAAUGUUUUUAGGGACAUGGUUGCAGAGAUGCAUUAAAAAAGUACUACAAAUUCCAUUUUCAUGGCUUCUGUGAAGGGUAAGUUUCAGUCAUUGUAUUGGGGUUUUCUUUUCCUCUUUUUUUUAUUGUUUUUCAUCUCUCUGGCUUCUUAUUCUUUUAUCUUUUAGUUUGUAGUUUCCUGCAUGAUGUGCUGUCAUGCUGAUAUCAGGAAUCGGAUUAACACCGGGCGAGUUUACCUGAGACAUUCCCGAGACAUUUUUAAAGGUUUUUUGUAACCUGUGCUGUUUUGGAAUUAAAUGCAUUAAAAUACUGUGUUUCACAGGGAAUAGGAUGAUUGAAACUUGAGAGUUGUGGUCUCGGUGCUAAGCAAUUCUUGUUCACAACGUUCACUUUAAUCAUGCUCACUAGUACUGGAAUUGGUUUGGUUAAUUCUUUUUUUUUUUUUUAAAGCAGUGAGUGAUGGUACCUUUGCAGACAGAUAAACUCAUACAUAUUUUCAGCUGUAUUCAACACACAAUGCAUUACAAUUAACCAUACUUAGAUGAUUUUCUCCUCAGUCAGCAACAAGCAUGUGCCACAAAUUUGUGGCUGUAUCCAUUGUGGUUUUUGGAUUCUUAUACCAAUGUACAGUUUUCUCCUUUUUUAAAAAGAAAAGGAAAUGGAAAAAGUGUUCUUUGUUAGUUUGGUAUAAAAUGCCAAUUAAAGAGGGAAUUUUUCUUAAGUGA